AUGGUAAGGGCCUUUUUCAGUGGUUUUGAGCUACCAAGAUACAUAACACACACAAACCUGAUCCUAAUUCCAAAGAAGGAGGUGGUGGAGAAUUAUGGAGAUUUAAGACCAAUCAGUUUGAGCACUUUUGCCAAUAAGAUCAUCUCAAGAUUGAUACAUGAGAGAAUCUCAAAAGUGCUACCAAGGAUUAUAUCAGUGAAUCAGUCGGGGUUUGUUAAAGGGAGGAGCAUAACUGAAAAUGUUCUCCUAGCUCAAGAGAUCAUAAGAGAUAUUAACAAGAGAAACAAACUACAUAAUGUGGUUGUGAAACUUGAUAUGGCAAAGGCCUAUGACAGAGUCUCUUGGAAGUAUCUUGUUCAAGUCAUUGGAAAAUUUGGCUUCUCAGAAAGAGUGAUUGACAUGAUAGUAAAGUUGAUUAGUAACAACCGGUAUUCGAUACUCAUGAAUGGGAAGUCUUAUGGUUUCUUCCAAUCAUCAAGAGGGCUGAAACAAGAAGACCCACUCUCACCUACUUUGUUUAUUAUUGUAGCUGAAGUUUUGGCAAGAAACUUAAAUGGUUUAUUUGAAGAAGCUGAAUUUGAAGGUUUUGGGCUUCCAAAAUGGAGCCCCCAAAUUAACCAUUUAUCUUAUGCAGAUGAUACUAUACUUUUUUGUUCAGGACAACCUAAAUCAAUGAGGAUGAUGAUGCAAGUACUAACAAGAUAUGAGGGUGUCUCUGGUCAACUGAUAAACAUUAGCAAGAGUGUGUUUUAUCUACAUGAAAAGGUGCCAAUAGGGGUAUGCAAUAAAAUAAGAAGGAUUACAGGGGUCAAACAAGGUAAAUUUCCAUUCAUUUACCUAGGAUUUCCUAUAUUCUAUGGCAGGAAGAAUAAAUGUCACUUUGAAGAGUUGAUCAGAAAAGUAGCAAAAAGAAUGGCCCUGUGGCAGAAUAGGUUUCUUGCAUUUGGUGGAAGGACUUCAACAUCCUCACUAUGGAGUAGCUACAUAUGGAACAAGUAUUGCAAGAAAUAUCAUCCAAUUAUAGCUACAGGAUGGGGUUCAUCACAUGUGUGGAGGAAAAUGAUUGUGGGGCAAUUUAUUAUACUGAAAGUGGAAGUUAGGGAAGAAGAAAUUGAAGUAAAAGACUUUGUCAUAGAGGGAAGAUGGGAUGAAGAAAAACUAGUUGAAUACCUGUCUACAGAAAUGGUGGAGUAUGCUAAGGAUAACAUAAUUCCUCCUAAUAGGGAGGAUCAAAAUGAUAAAGCUUGGUGGAUGGGAAGUACACAGGGAGACUUUACUGUAAAAUCAGCUUGGCAGAUAGUGAGGAAAAAGAAGGAGAUCACAACUGAUUUUGAUUUUAUAUGGAAUAAGGGUUUGCCAUUUAAGGUGAAUUUUUUCCUAUGGAGGUUAUGGAAGAGGAGGGUCCCAACUGAUGACAAUCUAAAGAGAAUGAAACUUCAACUAGUAUCAAGAUGUUGGUGCUGUGAGAAGAAAAAAGAGGAAACAAUGACACAUUUAUUCCUAACAGCCUCCAUAGCCAAUAGACUAUGGAAGCAGUUUGCUGGUUUUGCAGGUAUACACAUGGAUGGGAUGCAUUUGGAACAAUUGAUUAUUGCAUGGUGGACACAAAAAACCUCACCACAAUUGCAAGGAGUUAUGAGGGCUAUGCCAGCUAUAAUCAUGUGGACUUUAUGGAAGGGGAGAAAUAAUCUGAAACAUGGAGGGAGCUUAACCUUCAAUGGGGUGGUGAUGCAAGUGCAAGAUAUGGUUAAAAAGCUAGUGAAAAGGUUAUACCCUUGGAUAUAUUUGGAGUCAACCCAAUGGUCAUAUAUAACCAGAAGACUGAGGAGGUACAAGCCAACGCUACACUAUCAUAGUGUGGUAUGGAGACCCCCUGACUUGCAAAAGCUGAAAUGCAAUGUAGAUGGAGCUUCAAAAGGUAAUCCAGGACCAAGUUCAUAUGGAUUCUGCCAAAGGAAUUCACAAGGGGAUCUGAUUUAUGCAAGAGCUGCAGGAGUAGGUAAUACCACUAAUUUUGAGGCAGAAUCAUUAGCAAUUUAUGAAUCAUUCGAGUAUUGUUGGGAAAAGCAGUUAAGAGAGGUCAUAAUAGAAACAGACUCAUUGACUCUAGUGAAGAUGAUAAGGGGACAAUGGAAAAUACCAUGGGAAUUGGUGGAAAGAGAGGAAAGGAUCAGGAAAAGGUUACAAGGACUAAAUGCUACUAUUAUCCAUACAUUUAGAGGAGCUAACGGUGUGCCAGAUCUACUGGCAAAAUAG